ACGCCGGGGCGGCGCCUGCUAUAAAUUUUGUGAGAGAGCAUAACUGCGCGUCAGCCUACCAUUUCAAGCACCUCUUCUGUACUGCUGCUGCUGUCUUCUCCCUGACCGUUUCUAACUCAAAUCUCAGACAUGCCUUCUGACCUGGAAAAAGCCAUGGAGUCCAUGAUCAUGGUCUUCCACAAGUACGCCUCCAAAGACGGCAACAGGGACACGCUCAGCCGAAGGGAACUCAAAGACCUGAUGGAGAACGAGCUGGCCGGCUUCCUUAAGUCUCAGAAAGACCCUGCCACAGUGGACAGGAUCAUGAGGGACCUGGACACCAACGGGGACGGCCAAGUGAGCUUUGAGGAGUUUGUGUCCCUGGUGGUUGGGCUGUCCAUCGCCUGUGAACAAUGCUAUAAAGCGCACCUGCUGAAAACGGGAGCCAGGAAGUGAAGGAAAUGGAGGAGAAGAAGAAAGGAAGGAGGGUAGCGAAGGAGGAGAGGAUAUAUGGGAGUUUGAGACAUUUCUGUGUCUGUGGGAUUUUUUUGUAAUGAAAUUGCCUUGUUGAAUAAAAUGUUAUUGUUUAUA